GAGACGUGGCAGUGACGUCAGCGCGGCCGGUGGAUCCCGGUAACGACGGCAGGCCCCGACUCGAGCCCCGCCGAUGAACGCACGUCGCCGGCACGGCUCCAGGCAGCGGGAACCGGGCGUUUACGUGGGGCCCCCCCAGACACAAACCGUGACCCCCCCGCACACCCCCCCCCUUCCGCCGCCGCCACCGACGGUUCCCUCCGUGCUCCCCCCACCGGCACCGGACGUCAUGUCCUGUCGCGACCGGACCCACGAGUUCCUGUCCGCUUGUAAAUCACUGCAGGGCCGGCAGGACGGGGCCCAGCCCGGGAGAGCAGCACCAGGGGCCAUGCGGCAGCGCAGCGAGUUCAGCCUCAUGGCCAAGCGCAUCGGGAAGGACCUGAGCAACACCUUUGCCAAGCUGGAGAAGCUGACGAUCUUGGCCAAGAGGAAAUCGCUGUUUGAUGACAAAGCCGUGGAGAUCGAGGAGCUCACCUACAUCAUCAAACAGGACAUCAACAGCCUGAACAAGCAAAUCGCACAGCUGCAGGAGGUGGUGCGGGCGCGGGGGGGGCAGAACGGGCGCCACGUCCAGACCCAUUCCAACACCGUGGUGGUGUCGCUGCAGUCCAAACUGGCUUCGAUGUCCAAUGACUUCAAGUCGGUGCUGGAGGUGCGGACGGAGAACCUGAAGCAGCAGCGCAGCCGCCGCGAGCACUUCUCCCGUGCCCCUGUGUCAGCUUUGCCCCUCACUGCCAGCAACAUGGGCAGCUCCACAGUGCUGCAGGAUGAGUCCCCACGCGCUGGCUCCGUGGCCAUCGAGAUGGACGCACGGACAAGCCAACAGCUCCAACUGAUCGAUGAGCAGGAUUCCUACAUCCAGAGCCGAGCAGACACGAUGCAGAACAUCGAAUCCACCAUCGUGGAGCUGGGGUCCAUCUUCCAGCAGUUGGCUCAUAUGGUAAAGGAGCAAGAGGAGACGAUCCAGAGGAUCGAUGCCAGCGUGGAGGACGCGCAGCUGAACGUGGAGGCAGCUCACGGGGAGAUCCUCAAGUACUUCCAGUCGGUCACGUCCAACCGGUGGUUGAUGGUCAAGAUCUUCCUCAUCCUCAUUGUCUUCUUCAUCGUCUUCAUUGUUUUCCUGGCCUGAGGAUCUCCUUUUCCCUGUCCACCGAAUGGGACAGAUGGACUUGAUCCGUGCUCUGUGGGGCUCGGAGAUGGACACUGCUGCGGGGAUGGGGUCUGUCGGGACCCCCCCAAGUGCCCCUGGGGACCCCCUUGUUGUCCCCCCCAGGGUGUGGGGGCAUCACCAGCUCCCCCCACUGCAGGUCCUGCAGCUUAUGCUGAGGCUGGACCCUGUUCCCAGCCAGUCAUGGUGGCUGCAGACCCCUCUGGGGGGGCCGGGAAUGCUGCAGCCCCUCUUAAAGCUAUGGGACUCCCUGAAGGGGGACUGUGGACCCUGGGGGGGGGCUGAGGACCCCCAUUAAACACUUGGGACCCCCGUGGGGAGCUGGAGAGCCCCUUAAAACUGUGGGACCCUCCUGUGGACCUUGGUAUGGCCCCUGGAGGGGCUGAAGACCCUCCCUUAAGCAUUUUGGACCCCCUUAAAACUGUGAGACCCCCUGUGUGGGGGGCUGUGGACCCCGGUAGGGCCCCUGGGACGCCAUUAAACCCCCUGGGCCCUCUUUGGGGUGCUGCAGUCCCCAUUAAAGCUGUGGGACCCUAUGGAAUUAA